GAGAUGGUGAACAUGGUUAAAAAGUUAGUGCCACUGGACAGAAGUCACUGGAAGAGGAACGAGAGCGAUGGCUCGUCUGACGCUCCUUCUUGUUCUGCUGUGGGUCGGUACCACAGUGAGCACAGUGGUGGAUGUGCACAAAAGAAUCAUUGGAGGUCAACAGUGUAAUCCAACAGAGCGUCUGUAUCACGUGAAACUGGUCGAUCAAAACAAUAAUUUAGUCUGUGGAGGCUCUCUGAUCAGUGACGAGUGGGUUCUGACUGUAGCUCACUGCUGGAAACCAGAACUGUUUGUCAUUGUAGGAGUGCAUCCAGGUCCAGGAAAGAGAGUGGAGGUAAUCAAACCACCUGAGACAAUCGAGGACCAUGACAUCAUGUUACUAAAGAUAGAAAAAUUCAAAAUAAAGGUUCAGCCUAUAAAACUUGGUGACUGCACGACAAAACCCCAACUGGGAGCCUCAGUGCAGAUCGCAGGACAUGGCCCCACCAACGUGAACAGUAAAAAUGAAUUUGAUCCUGCUAAACGACCUACUGACGAACUCCAUUGUGCAGACAUUGAUGUUGUUGACUGUGAAGGCUUCAGAAAUACUCGGAAGAACACAAAUCCCAAGGCCUACAAGGCCAAGGAGCAUGAACACUGGCUUUGUGGCCAAACUCCUGGGAAGGAUAUAUGUAAAGGAGACUCUGGUGGAGGAGUUGUGCAUGAAGGCAAGAUUUAUGGAGUCAUUGUUGUAGGAUAUCCUCCUCUUGUCUGCAAAGAACCAUUUGCAUUCAUGGACAUCUGCAAUAAGGAAUAUGCAGAUUGGAUCGAAAAAAUAAUAAAGUGA